AUGGCGCGUGGGAAGGUGGCCGAGUGGAUACGGAAGCGUACGAUGCCGAGAAAGCCGGCGGCUAAGCGCCAGAGCAGUAAGAGCGGGGCAUCGGAACCGAUACUUCCGAGCGAGGCGGCGCACGAGAGUUGGAGCAGUGCCGCCGGCGGGGCGCCAGCGCCAACGCCUAGGAAUGCAGCCGUGAGUGGGAGCGGGAAUGAUGCAGUUGGUGCUGGUGGUGGCGGCGCUCCACCGGCGCAUUCCAAGUCCCGGGCAAGCGCCUUCCUGUCGGCGCUUAUGAGGUGGCGGCCUCGCGUGAACGUGAUGGCCGUGCUGUGCGAGCAUGUGGUGUACCACAUGAUGUGGCUGGUGGAGUCCGUGGUGUUGGUGGGCAGGCUCUGCUUCUUCCUCAUGCGCUUUGGCUUCAAGCAGCUCUAA